CGCCGCUGACACACGGUAGCGAGGACACCCGACGCUGCCAGCGACAGGCGCGUCCCAGAGGGACGCUGCACUUGGGGACUCCGGCGCGACCGGCCAGAAGAGGAAAGGAUACAUUCGAACUGGAUUUUUAAAUCAUUGUAAGCCAGUGAUGAAUCAGAGGUUACAGAAUGCAAUGUCGAAUAAAAGUCUUCGAAAGAAUUGCUUCAAAUGACCAAAGAAAGAAAAUUGAUCUACCGCCUUAAAACCUUGAUCUCGAAGAGCAUACUGCACAUGGUAGGAAGUGAUAACUGGGGAAAUUUAUGUGGCUCUUAAUGCACCUAAAUGAAGGAAUUGUCACUUUGUUUCUCAGAGGGCUUAUACACCUGAGAUUAUUUUAAUAACCCAUAGUUUUAUUAACAUUUUGACAUGAUCACAAACGGGGAGAAACAGCGGUAGCUAAAGCCUGCUCAUUGGUCACGAUGACUUCUGAAGAAAUGGCAGCUUAUGUCCUCAGACCUGUGACUCAGCGAAAAGUGAUAUCUGCUCAGUCGGCUGUAGAUGAAAGUAACGAUAAGGUCUCGGACAUCAGUGUUCCAAAGACGCAUCCUGUCGGGCAGAGCGGGGAGACUUCUCAUACCAUCUCACAACUGACCAAACUUACAGAAGAACCUUCUGGAAGCAACUUGCCCCAGAUUCUCUCAGUAGCAAGGGAGAAAAUAACGAGUGAUGAGAACAGUAAUGAAGAGUGCUGGGAGAAAAGCAUACCAGACUCUGUGAAAAACCUUAACGUUAACUGCAACAACAUACUGAAAAACCAUCAAUGUGGCCUUCCUCAGAGCCAGUUUUAUGAAACGUGUGAUUCUACCACAGAGGAAGGCCUGUGUUUGGAAACUGGAAUCCCUUCUUCACUGGAAAGAAAGGUGUUCCCUGGAAUUCGACUGGAAAUAGACGGACCUCCCGCGGGCAUUAUUAGUCCAUUAGGAGCUCAAUCAGCCAUCUUAGAGACGGGCAGGGCACACCCUGACAGCAACAUGGCGGUAUUUCACUUUCAGUAUGAAGUUGACAGAAGAAUGUCAGACACUUUCUGUCCCCUAUCGGAUAACUUGAUUUUGGAUGAUUGUGGAAACUGUGUACUACCUGCUGUUGGUGGGGAACAAAAGAACAAUUACAUGGCGUAUACUUGUAAACUGAUGGAAUUGGCAAGUAACUGUGACAGUAAGAAUAGGCAGCUGCAGUAUGAUCCUUGUGACCCCUUGAAUGACAAAUACUUGUGCUUUGAAGGCUCUUGCCCGAAGGCCGAUGUAGUAUGUUCAAGUGACAGCUUUUGCGGGGAGGAUUUUAUGGACAGUCCACCUGCCAAGACCUUUCUGAGCCAUUUUGAGGACUUCCCUGAUAAUUGUGAAGAUGCAGAAGAAGAUUUAUUCAAAAGCAAGAAGGAGCGGUCCACUUGGCUAGUGAGGAGAUUUUGUAAAAAUGACAGGGAAGUAAAGAAAUCUGUAUACACUGGGACAAGGGCAAUUGUGAGAACUCUGCCUUCCGGUCACAUUGGGCUGGGGGCUUGGAGUCACGUUGAUCGGAAGAGAAACGGUCUCUUACUGCCUUGUGGGAGAGUCAUGGAACGGCUGUCAACAGUGGUGACGAGGCAAGAUGGGGGCCAAUGUCCGUCAGAAGCCCAGUGGUAUCCGAUCUACAGUGCAGUGAGAAGGGGAGAAGAAACAGCAGAGACAAUUAGAUCUCUUCUCCAUUUCUUCACAAAGCUCCCAGCCUCCGAGACAGCCCAUGAAAGGAUUAGCAUUGGUCCGUGCUUAAAGCAAUGUGUCCAAGACACUGUUUGUGAGUAUCGUGCCACGCUCCAAAGGACUUCCAUAUCUCAGUACAUCGCCGGCUCUCUGCUAGAAGCCACCACAUCUUUAGGAGCAAGAAGUAGCCUUCUCAGUUCUUUUGGAGGAUCCACCGGACGAAUGAUGCUGAAAGAACGCCAACCAGGCACCUCUAUGGCCAAUUCCAGUGCCCUCCCUUCAAGUUCAGCUGGGAUCAGCAAGGAACUGAUUGAUCUGCAGCCCCUCAUCCAGUUCCCAGAGGAAGUUGCCAGCAUCCUGAUGGAGCAGGAACAGAAUAUUUACCGAAGGGUCUUGCCGGUAGACUAUCUUUGCUUCUUGACCCGGGACUUGGGCACUACGGAAUGCCAGAGGUCCCUGCCCUGCCUCAAAGCGUCCAUCUCAGCAUCCAUUCUUACCUCCCAGAACGGAGAGCAUAACGCCCUUGAAGAUCUUGUGAUGAGAUUUAAUGAGGUGAGCUCCUGGGUGACAUGGCUGAUCCUCACGGCGGGCUCCAUGGAGGAGAAGCGGGAAGUCUUCUCGUAUUUGGUGCACGUGGCCAAAUGCUGCUGGAACAUGGGCAACUACAACGCCGUCAUGGAGUUCUUGGCUGGCCUCAGGUCAAGAAAAGUUUUAAAAAUGUGGCAGUUUAUGGACCAGUCUGACCUGGAGACGAUGAGAAGCCUGAAGGACGCCAUGGCCCAGCAUGAAUCUUCCUGCGAGUACAGGAAGGUGGUGACUCGGGCGCUGCACAUCCCCGGCUGUAAGGUGGUUCCGUUCUGCGGGGUGUUUCUGAAGGAGCUCUGUGAGGUGCUUGAUGGAGCCUCUGGCCUCAUGAAGCUUUGCCCGAGGUACAAUUCCCAAGAAGAAACUCUAGAGUUUGUAGCCGAUUAUAGCGGACAAGAUAAUUUCUUACAACGAGUGGGACAGAAUGGCUUAAAGAAUUCAGAGAAGGAGUCCACCGUCAACAGCAUCUUUCAGAUCAUCAGAAGCUGCAGUCGAAGUCUGGAGACAGAAGAGGAGGACAGCCCCAGUGAGGGGAGCAGCGCUAGGAAAAAUUCCUUGAAGGAUAAAGCCCGAUGGCAGUUUAUAAUUGGAGAUUUGUUGGAUUCUGAAAAUGACAUCUUUGAGGAGCCCCAAGAAUGCGACCCUCACGGAACAGAAGAGCCACAGAAGGCCUUUGACCAUGGGACAGAGCUCAUCCCGUGGUACGUGCUGUCCAUCCAAGCUGAUGUGCACCAGUUCCUGCUGCAGGGGGCCACGGUCAUCCACUAUGACCAGGACAUGCACCUCUCUGCCCGCUGCUUCCUCCAGCUUCAGCCUGACAAUAGCACCUUGACCUGGAUAAAGCCCACCACUGCUUCCCCAGCCAGUGCUAAAGCAAAACUUGGUGUGCUUAGUAACACAUCCGAGCCUGGCAAAUUCCCAUUACUGGGCAAUGCUGGAUUAAGUGGCCUGGCAGAGGGGGUCUUGGAUAUGUUUUCAGCAAAGGCUGUGUACAUGGGACACCCUAGCAUUGAUAUACACACUGUGUGUGUCCAGAACAAACUGAGUAACAUGUCUCUCUCAGAGACUGGUGUGACACUGCUCUACGGGCUUCAGACCACGGACAAUAGAUUAUUGCACUUCGUGGCACCAAAGCACACAGCUAAAAUGCUCUUCAGUGGAUUGUUGGAACUCACGAGAGCUGUGAGAAAGAUGAGGAAGUUCCCUGACCAAAGACAGCAGUGGCUGCGGAAACAAUACGUCAGCCUCUACCAGGAGGAUGGACGAUACGAAGGCCCAACUUUGGCUCACGCUGUGGAGUUGUUUGGCGGCAGACGAUGGAGUACUCGAAACCCCAGUCCCGGGACAUCAGCAAAGAGUGCUGAUAAGCCCAACAUGCAGAGAAACAACACCUUGGGUAUAAGCACCGCCAAGAAAAAGAAGAAAAUCCUUAUGAGGGGUGAGAGUGGAGAGGCCACCGAUGACGAGAUGGCCACCCGCAAAGCCAAAAUGCACAAAGAGUGUCGGAGCCGGAGUGGUUCUGACCCUCAAGAAAUUAAUGAACAAGAAGAAUCAGAGGCGAAUGCCAUCACGAGCUCUCCUAACCCUCUCCCUUCCAGAAGAGCCCACUCUUUGACCACGGCUGGGUCCCCUAACUUGGCUGCCGGGACGUCAUCUCCCAUCAGGCCAGUGUCCUCCCCUGUGCUGUCUUCUUCAAACAAGAGCCCGUCCAGUGCUUGGAGCAGCAGCAGCUGGCAUGGGCGGAUCAAAGGAGGAAUGAAGGGCUUUCAGAGCUUCAUGGUUUCAGACAGCAGCAUGAGUUUUGUGGAGUUUGUUGAGCUGUUCAAAUCAUUCAGUGUGAGGAGCCGCAAGGACCUGAAGGAUCUCUUUGACAUCUAUGCCGUACCCUGCGACCGAGCCGGCUCCACAGCGGCCCCCCUCUACACCAACCUGACCAUUGACGAAAACACCAGUGGUCUUCAGCCUGACCUAGAUUUGUUGACCAGAAAUGUCUCCGAUUUGGGGUUAUUCAUUAAGAGUAAACAGCAGCUGUCCGACAACCAGAGGCAGAUAUCUGAUGCCAUUGCUGCCGCAAGUAUCGUGACAAAUGGCACUGGGGUGGAGAGCACAUCCCUGGGCGUAUUUGGAGUUGGCAUCCUCCAGCUCAAUGACUUCCUAGUGAAUUGCCAAGGAGAACACUACACUUACGAUGACAUCCUCAGCAUCAUCCAGAAGUUCGAGCCUAGUGUGAGUAUGUGUCAUCAGGGCCUAAUGUCGUUUGAAGGAUUUGCAAGGUUUCUGAUGGAUAAAGAUAAUUUUGCCUCGAAAAAUGAUGAGUCGCAGGAGAACAUUAAAGAAUUGCAAUUGCCCCUCUCCUACUAUUACAUUGAAUCUUCACACAAUACCUACCUCACAGGCCAUCAACUCAAAGGAGAGUCCUCAGUAGAACUCUACAGCCAGGUCCUCCUGCAAGGCUGUAGGAGUGUAGAGUUGGACUGCUGGGACGGAGAUGAUGGGAUGCCCAUCAUUUAUCAUGGACACACCUUGACAACCAAGAUCCCCUUCAAGGAAGUGGUUGAAGCCAUCGAUCGCAGUGCCUUUAUCAACUCUGACCUCCCCAUCAUCAUAUCUAUUGAGAACCACUGUUCAUUGCCUCAGCAACGAAAAAUGGCAGAAAUUUUCAAGACUGUGUUUGGAGAAAAACUGGUGGCUAAAUUCUUAUUUGAGAGUGAUUUCUCAGAUGAUCCAAUGCUUCCCUCACCUGACCAACUCAGGAGGAAAGUACUUCUCAAAAAUAAGAAGUUAAAAGCCCAUCAGACACCGGUGGAUAUAUUAAAGCAAAAGGCUCAUCAGCUAGCAUCCAUGCAAGCUCAGGCUUAUAAUGGUGGCAGUGCCAACCCUCCACCUGCUAAUAACGAAGAAGAGGAAGAUGAAGAGGACGAAUAUGAUUAUGACUAUGAAUCCCUCUCUGACGCAGAUGUCCUUACUGCUUCUCCUGUUCCUAACAGUCAGGAAGACAACAUUCUAGAAGACAGACCUGAAAAUAAAUCAUGUAAUGACAAACUUCAGUUUGAGUAUAAUGAAGAAAUCCCCAAGAGGAUAAAGAAAGCAGAUAACUCUGCUUGCAACAAAGGAAAGGUUUAUGACAUGCAACUGGGAGAAGAAUUUUAUCUUCCUCAGAAUAAAAAGGAAAGCAGACAGAUUGCACCAGAGCUUUCUGACCUUGUCAUCUAUUGCCAAGCAGUAAAGUUUCCAGGCCUGUCAACUCUAAAUGCAUCUGGCUCUAGCAGAGGAAAAGAAAGGAAAAGCAGGAAGUCCAUUUUUGGCAACAAUCCGGGCAGAAUGAGCCCCGGGGAGACAGCAUCACUUAACAAAACAUCUGGAAAAAGUUCCUGUGAAGGAAUGCGACAGGCCUGGGAGGACUCGCCUUCCUCUGUCAACCCAGCCACGUCCCUCAGCGCUAUCAUUAGAACUCCCAAAUGCUACCACAUCUCCUCGCUGAAUGAAAACGCCGCCAAGCGUCUGUGUCGCAGGUGUUCUCAGAAACUGAUCCAGCACACUGCCUGCCAGCUGCUGAGGACGUAUCCGGCUGCCACCCGCAUCGACUCGUCCAACCCCAGCCCCCUCCUCUUCUGGCUCCAUGGGAUACAGCUCGUGGCGCUCAACUACCAGACAGAUGAUCUGCCUUUACAUUUAAAUGCUGCCAUGUUUGAGGCCAACGGUGGCUGUGGUUAUGUUCUGAAACCCCCAGUUCUGUGGGACAAGAACUGUCCCAUGUAUCAGAAGUUUUCUCCCUUGGAAAGAGACCUGGACAACAUGGAGCCUGCCAUCUAUUCUUUAACUAUUGUCUCUGGGCAGAACGUGUGCCCGAGUAACAGCACGGGAAGCCCGUGUAUAGAGGUCGACGUCCUGGGCAUGGCCCUGGAUAGCUGCCACUUCCGCACGAAGCCCAUCCACCGCAAUACUCUGAACCCCAUGUGGAAUGAACAGUUCCUCUUCCGGGUUCACUUUGAAGAUCUCCUAUUUCUUCGUUUUGCCGUUGUGGAGAACAACAGCUCGGUGGUAACUGCGCAGAGAAUCAUCCCCCUCAAGGCUCUAAAGCGAGGAUAUCGACAUCUUCAGCUGCGAAACCUCCACAAUGAAGUCUUGGAAAUCUCUAGUUUAUUCAUAAACAGCAGGAGGAUGGAAGAAAAUUCCUCUGGCAAUACUAUGCCGGCCUCUUUGAUGUUUAAUACAGAAGAAAGAAAAUGUUUGCAGAUUCACAGAGUCACAGUACAUGGGGUCCCAGGUCCAGAGCCCUUUGCUGUUUUCUCCAUAAAUGGAGGCACCAAGGCAAAGCAGCUUCUCCAACAAAGUCUGACCAUUGAUCAAGACACCAAACCUGUUGCCACAGACUAUUUUUUAAUGGAAGAAAAAUAUUUUGUAUCUAAAGAAAAGAAUGAAUGUAGGAAACAACCGUUCCAGAGACCCAUUGGUCCAGAAGAAGAGAUCAUGCAGAUUUUAAGCAGCUGGUUUCCAGAAGAGGGAUAUGUUGGCAGGAUUGUCUUAAAAACCCAGCAGGAAAACCUGGAAGAGAAGAGCAUCGUUCAAGAUGACAAGGAGAUGAUCCUGAGCUCAGAGGAGGAGAGUUUCUUUGUCCAAGUGCACGACGUUUCUCCCGAGCAGCCGCGGACAGUCAUCAAGGCGCCCCGCGUCAGCACUGCACAGGACGUCAUUCAGCAGACCUUAUGCAAAGCCAAAUAUUCCUAUAGCAUCUUGAGCAACCCGAACCCGGGUGAUUAUGUGCUUUUGGAAGAGGUGGUGAAAGACACUGCCAACAGGAAGUCUUCUACCCCAAAGUCCUCCCAGCGUGUCCUUUUGGAUCAGGAGUGUGUUUUUCAAGCUCAAAGCAGGUGGAAAGGUGCAGGAAAAUUCAUCCUUAAGCUAAAGGAACAAGUGCAGGCAUCCCGAGAAGACAAAAGAAAAGGCAUCUCUUUUGCAAGCGAACUCAAGAAGCUCACCAAGUCGACUAAACAGCCCCGAGGACUCACAUCACCUUCUCAGGUCUUGGCCUCCGAAAAUGUCCAAAACAAGGAGGAGAAACCUGUGGGCGGCUUGUCCUCCAGUGACACGAUAGACUAUCGACAGUGAGCAAGGGUAGCACGUUUUACCCAGGUGAAGAUCUUUGGGCAAGAAGUUAUAAAGUCAAGAAUGAACAUGAUGGAAACAAAUAUAACUUCCUUAUUUUCAUUAGACUUAAACUGGAAAUUGAUGAUUUCUGAACUUGCGAUAUGAGGUCCACACUGAGGUCAAGCAAAAUGGCACAGGGCUGGCUACCAACCAGUUUCCUGAUGAAGCAAAGAAGCCCAGCAGACUGCCACUUUACAUGUGUCAACAGUUGGAAAAACCAUUGCUAACCUUGUAAUAAUUGACUUAGAACAAGGGUCAACAAACUUUGUAAAGGGCUAGACAGCAAAUAUUUUAGGCCUUAUGGGCCAUAUGGUCUCCACUGCAAUGACUCAACUCAGCUGUAGUGCAAAAGCAGCCAUAGACAAUACACACGUGAAUGAAUGUGGCUGUGAUCCAAGAAAACUAUAUAAAGACACUGAAAUUGUAAUUUCAUACAAUUUUCCCAUGUAAUAAAUAUUCCUCUUUUGAUUUUUUAAAAUCAUUUAAAAAUGUAAAAACUAUUCUUAGUUCAAGAGCCAUACGAAACCAGGUGGCAGGCUGGAUUUGGCCCAAGGGCCAUAGUUUGCUGACCUGACUUAGAAAACUGGGAACAAGAUGCAGCGGUAUGAAAACAAGCAGGCUAGUUUAGUCAUACAUUUUAUGGCUGAGAAUUGGAAGAUUCUGGGCAUUGCAAGUGUAAAUAUGUCCUAUAAGAUUCAUUAAAAAUUAAUUCAAUUUAGUUUCUAUAUUGUGUACCAUUGUGAAUUCUGUAGUAUUUCUUUUUAGCUACAGAAUGAUGUUGGGGUUUUUUACGUUCAUUGCUUAUAUAUUCACAGACUUUUGGUUUCCAUAAAAUGAAGUUAGAAUAACGUAUAUCUACUGAGUUGUGACAUCUUAACAAGAAACUUAACCAUGUUUUUAAAGCAAAAGUAGAUUGUUUGUGUUUAUUUAUUUUACUAGGUCUGUACUGACAUUGUAGCUAUAUAUUUAUUAUACACAGCUUUCUUGAUACUGCUUGCAGAUUAGAAGCGUUAGUGGUUCUAUCUCACUAUUUGAAGACAAAUCUCCUAAAAAGAAAAUGUAUGCUCUGGAUAUCUGAAACAGGCCAGAAUUGCAUGUAACUUGCCAUUUAAUGUAAAUUAUUUUAAAAACCUUGCUGUAUAAAACUAUCAUGUACGUGUAAAGGAUUCUUCUUAUUCUUGGCAUGAAGCAAAUUAUGAUUUUUAAAAUGAAAGGUGUUCCUCUAAGUAAAAUCCAAAUUUUAUCUUUCUAUUGACAUUAAAAUUUAAGAUGUUUUUCUUCAAAUUAUAAAACACACUAAAAAUCCUAAUCUUUGCUUUGAGAAGUUUUUCACCAUAAAAAAUGAAUAAAACAAUCCCCAAGUUCUUUGCAUACGCUAACAGAAGUGUUAAAAACACACGGCCCAGCUUUCAUGUUACUGGAAGUUCUGACUGAGUCAAAGCUUUAAUGCUAGAAGAGCCACAUUUGCUUGUCAACAGAAUUCAGGCUAUUCCAGUUCGAUGUCAUUUGUACAGUGCUACAGGUUUCUUUUUAAAGCAAAUAAUCAGUCUACAACAAAUGUACAAUGCUGCCUCAUUUUUUAAAAUAUUCCAGAAACCGUAAUCAAGUUUCUCUAAACUAAGAGGCAUUUUUGCCUCUGGUUGGGCUUACUGUGUCAUAAAAAUUGGGUUACUGGUCUAACUGGCAAGAGUCAAGAUGAAAACUGUGCAGAGUAGCGAGAUGGAAAGCAAGACCGGUCUCACUAGGUUUAUCACUUGGCCUUCACUCUAAGCCCUGCAGCGCCCCACCCCAUGGCCCUUAGCACAAAGUCUGAAACUUACCUUGAGACUGCAAGGGAGACUAGGUUUUAGCAAGUGAGUGAACCCAACCUCCGGCCUAUGUUGCAACCCAACUUGAUGGUUCAUUCUGAGGUGAAAGGACACACUCUGCUGUAUUUGAGUCUUGGGGACUUUAGGGGGGACUACUCUACUAUUACAGCUAACCAGCACAGCCUGGUGUUUGCCAAAAGGAGGAAAUUUUGAUUUAGAUCGUCUCUGAAUUAUACAGUUAUAUUACUAUAGCAAAUGAAAGAAAUUAUCCCAUUUAGAAUGCAUCUAAAAUAGUCACCCACACUAUACCCAUUACUACUUCAUACUUUCCAUACCAUUAAAAAUUUGGGUAGCAAACCUUCAUCAGUAAAGUCGAUGUGGAAAAGAAUCUAAAUAAUACAAGCUGGCUGAAACCCCCACCAAGUGGGAGAAAUGAAGGGUAUGGUGCCCACAAGCACGCAAACCCCAGACCGGCUGGAACCAGAAGGUUGAUGAUGCUGACUCCCACUUACGUCACCAUCAACCAAUCAGAAUGUCCAUGAGCUAAUGGCGCCCUCUUUGAACCAUUACUAUAAAACUCCUCACUACCCGCUCCAGGUCGGGACACACAGUUUUGAGGGCAUUAACCCCCUGUGGUCCCCUUUGCCUGGCAAAGCAAGAAGCUGUUCUUUUCUACUUCACUCAAUAAACAAACAAACAAAUAUGCAAACUGUAUUUACUACAAGAUUUUGAAAAAAAGUAUUUUUAAAUGCUUCACUAAAAACAGAAAGGAGCAUGAAUUCUGUUAGGUGGCGCCACGUUUAAGAUUAUGAUAGCUGGCAAGAAAAGAUUAGAACAAGAAUCCAAUGUGAUGUGUGAUGCUGGAAAAAACAUUAACUUCCUCUCAGUCACCUCCUCUGUAACUGUUUGUUUCGCAAACUAACGUGAGAUUAUAUAAGGGUGUGAAGGAGUUGAGAAUAAGUCUGAGGAUAAAUCUGCAGGAAGUAACAUUAUUUGUGCAGAAAGUGCCUUCUUAAAGGAACGUCUCUUUUCGUGUCAUCCUUACCAAGUAAAAGUUAUUUAUAAAUUCUCUAGCUGGGGAGAAAUAUGGAGUCUCGACUCAACAAAAGUGAGUCAAAAGUCAAAUUUACUUUCACACAAAGGUCUCCCAUCGUGAUGCCUCUGGAGACACUGGAGGCUCACUAAUGAAAGCGGGCCUCCCCUAUGGCUCCGUAUGUGCUUUUUUUUUAAACACAUCUUCCCCUUCCUCUGUUCUCUCCCUUUCUAGUACCUCUGUAGACCUCUCCUCUUCUGCCAGACACCCGAAGGCCUUGCUUAAUUCUGAAAAGUAAUCAGAGCUUGCGUACUGGCCUGGUAAAACUGAAUUAACUAAACCACAAAGCUCCACAACUCUGCUCCCAUGCCAGUAAGGAGGAUUUUCCUGGCUGGUGUCUGAUCUUGAACUUGGCAUAGUGAGAGGCAGCCUACACGGAAAGAGCUCUCUAGCGGGCUGCCUCAAACACUUUUAGUUGCUUCUCUUAAAUCAGCAGCAAGGCAAGAAGAGGAGAACACCUGGACCCUCCAAAAAGUUGUUAGAAAAGGAGACUGCCUCUUACACAAAGCCCAAACUUGGGUCAACAUGAUACAGUACAUUGUUAACAAUGUAUAUGUUCUCUGCCAUUUCUUCCUAUCAACUUCCUAAAUGCAGUCCUUGCAUGAUGGCUAAGGGUUCUGACAGGAAUACCUGAGUGUUUUUGAAAUACUGAAUCUCCAUGAUUACCAAGCUGUUCGUACACAUCUCUUAGAUACAAAACAUACUAUGCUCAAGUCUGCCAUCCAGCAGGCCUCUGAAACCUUCCCUAUUUCAGAUGAUACAGUUCUCUGAACUUUGAAACAACUCACUCUGACACUGAAUUGGGUAAUGUUGUGUUCAAAAAAAUGUGUGAAUGCUCUGACUCAACAUGCAAGGGCAUGGAAGACUGAGGCUACGUCUUAUGCCUGUUAUUACCCGACUUCACUUUUAAGUGCGUAGCACAGUGCUAAGCACAUAGUAGGUGCUCAAUAUUUAUCUAGUUAAAAAAACAGACAUCGAGGCUGUAGUUUAUUAUAGCCUCAGGGUGUAUGUUAUUAUUAAUGACUAUAAUAUUUAGUUCUGAAAAUGAAACUCAUCAGUACAAGGCUACAGAAGUUAGUGCACAAAUGUUUCAUCCUCAAAUUCAUAUAGGAUAUUCAAAUACAAGAUGUAUAAUUUUAUGGUCCCACUGUGAUUCGCUUAUGUGUAACAAGGUUAAAAGCAUAAUACAAGUGUGAAAUAGUUGAUGAAUUUUUAUUUUAAAAUUGAUUUUUCAUUUAAACUAUAGUUUUUGCUGCCAACGUGAAAUAUAAAUGUAUUUGUAUAUGUUUGGAAAAUAAAUGAUUUGUGACAUGUACUGGUCACUUGUGCUCCAACGGCAAA